AAGGUUUCGUUUUAUUUGGGUAUGAUGUGUCUGGAAUAUUGCUCAUGAAGUGAAAUGAUUGUUUUGAGACAAUGCGAAGAACGCAAAUUGUUUGUUGAAGAAACGAAGGGUUGGCAGACUUUGUAAUGGCUUCUGUCGACACUAAGUACAACUAGUACCAUUGAAGGUUGCUUGGUCAAGUAGUUUAACAUCGGGCAAAGAUGAACUAACUGACAUCAGACGAAAAGUGAAAAACGUACGGUCAUUCUGUCUAUCCUUGUAUCUCUUGGUGUAUGAAAUAUGACGUUGUAUUGGUAGUCUCGGAGCUUUGACGUCACAGUUGUAGGCUCGUAUUCGAGGCUGGGAUUCGCGGCUGUUCACACGCAAUGAAAACCGAGGCUUGACCUUGACUUUGACCCUCGUCUCAGGAUCCGGCAGGAUGCUAAUGUCCAGUAUUUUCUGGAUGCUGCUGUCGUACCCGAUCACCGUUGUGUUGACCUUCCUGAGCACGGUGGUGCUCUCCGCCAUCGUGCACCUGAAAUCACUCUUCCGACCCAAGGAAUGUCUCCCCAGACUCUACUUCAAGGAAUCCUCGCUCGCGCAGCACGUGCUCACUCGCUGCCUGUCACUGCGGCGCCCUCUGAGGCUGCCCUUCUGGUCCCAGAACGCUCACGUGCAGACGGUCUUGGGACUGAUGUCGCGCGAACCCACGACCACAGAGUUCUUCAGAGAGUACGUUCAGAUGCCUGAUGAUGGCGUCAUUGCGAUAGACUGGGCUCCCGGCGCCAAGUACCUGUGCAAGAGGAACCCCAUUGUCAUCGUCAUUCCGGGACUCAUUGGAAAUGCUACCGGUGUUGCUCAAGUCUGCCACGAGGCCAUUUCGAACGGUUAUCGCGCAUGCGUGUUCAACCGACGCGGUUACGGCGACAGUUUCCUGACGACGCCCACAUUACAGAGUUACGGCGAUCCGUCGGAUCUGAGGUCGGUUGUGAACUUCAUGAAGGACAGAUACACUAACUCACCAAUAGCAGUGGUCGGUGUCGGUGCGGGAGCGGACCUGUUGCUGUCGUAUUUAGGCCAGUUCGGCUCUUCCUCAAGACUCAUAGCCGGCGUGUGUGUGUCGCCCUCGUACGAUUCCGAGGACACUUUCGUCAACCAAAUUCCAAAACUAUAUGAAAAAUCCUAUUUAAUGCAUAUCCAGAGCAUAUUAGGUCGUUAUUCAAAAUCAUUCUCUAGCGUGAUUGACUUGAAAGCAGCGCUGAAUGCCAAGAGUUUAAAAGACUUGGACAGACACGUGCACUGCCCUUUGAGUGGGUGCUCGGACCUUGAGGAGUAUUGGGAAAAUAACAGUCCCAUGCGUGACGUAGACGAUAUCUGUGUGCCUGUGUUAUGUUUUAAUAGUCUCGACGACCCAAUCUCCGUCAAAAGAAACAUUCCCUAUGACAUUUUUAAGUCAUAUUUAAACUUUUUCCUCGUGACAACCGAACGGGGUGGUCACUGUGGUUUCGUAGAGGGAGCCACUGGUACUUCCUGGACAGUAAAGCCAGCCGUAGAGUUCAUAACGGCCAUGUUGGAAUUUCCAACAAAGGUUCCGGAGCCGUAUGUUAAAAAUGGUUUCCAUUCUGUGUUUGCAAGGUGAAGUUUUGUUAUGAAACUGUGUUGUUUAAGCGUAAACAGUAUUAGUUUUUAUAAGUGCUAUGGAUUGUUAUAACGUCCGAGAGACACAAGACAAUGGAGCCUAGUGAAAAUAGACAAGAGGUCGAUUGGUUUUGAUCUUAUUUUAAUCAGCAUACAAACCAUACUGUUAACACUCUGGCUACUUUACGUUUAGGAUCCCCGCUUUUUAUUCUUUAAAGUUCCAUUUCAUCAUUUAUUAAAUUUUAAAAGUGUAUUACUUCUACUGCCAAAAUCAUUCUUCGGUGUUAUUGACUUAAAAACAUACAUGUAUGGUUUGUAAGCUCGUGAAAAUUAUGAAAACCAACAAAACGACUUCCAAGUUGUUGGUAUUUUGAGACGAUAAAAUUAUUCAUCUGUUCAUACUCGCCUGUAGUACAUGCUCAAAUAUUGUUUUACUUUUCUUAGCAGUUUGUUCCAUAUGUUCCGUCCUGUGUAACGCAAAAAAACAUACUUGUUCCAGAACGAUUACAUGGCAAGAGAGUGGUGUCAUUUCGUUCAAUACCCAUCAUUCACUAAAUUAAAUAGUUUAACUUAAUUAGGCCAACAUUUCGUUUUCAAAUAUACGUUCUAGCAAACCUAUACGCAAGUGGUGUUCAACGUUUUGUUUUUGUUUUCACUGGAAGUAAUACAGACUGGUUUAUCAUAUUCCGUGACAAGCUUUUUGGGUUUCCAAACACAUAUUGGUAUUUCAUGAUAAUUUACGAAAUUCUAUCACCUCGGAAAGAUGUGUAUUGGACACUUGGGUGGAAUGGCAUCCCAGCUGAAAACCUCUACUCAAGGCAUAAUUCAACAAUAAAAACCAAUAAUAAACAUUUCGCUGCUUCCCACUUCCCUCUACAUGUGAUAUUUUUGGAGCAGAUCUUACAUUUACUUACGGAAGUUACAAAAAUUUCUUUGCAUUAAAAUACCAUUUUGUUAUACAUUUCUACGCAGCAGUGUUUAUAAUAUGUUAUACCAAAUGAGUACAUUGCACUGCAAGUGAUGGUUCUAAAAAUUAUCCCAUAACCUCCAGCAUGCCAGUGCUCCUUUAACCUUAUUUUAUCUUUUGAUUUCGAGAGCUACAUUGUUUUCGUGUUCCAACAUCUACCACUAUAAUUAACCAGGGUCGUGCGGACCUUAAGGGUUCGGGAGGGGAGGGGGACAGCUGGUCUUCAUCUAGACAUAAAGGGCACCUCUGAAGUAAAAGCGCACUUUCAAUUUAUUCAGGGGGAGAAGCUACCCCUGAGUCACUAGUUACAACCCUGCUAACCGAUUUCCGUCCACGUCUCAGGUCUGGUCUCUUUACUCGCAACAUGUGGCUGUCUCUUGUGGCCAUCAGUGUCAUAUACUUGUUAUUCGACAGCAUGAAUUCCCUAAGAGUGUCCCAUGAUUGCGUUACUAACACUAAUAAUAACCACUGUCGUUAAAUUGAGACUGUGGCGAUAUGCCAGUACAUUGAUGUUAGAUACCAAGCAUUACUAUGACACGAACGUAGGAACCCGAUACGAUGAUAAGUUAAUUAGCACUGGAAAUUGCGAGAACUAUCGCUUCGUUCGCGCGUCGCUCACGUAAAUCUAGUUUUGCGUAUCCCGUUUUUCAUUCACGCAUUAAAUUUACAUCAUUUCCAUGGUCAUGAUGAGUUAUGCAAAACGAAAUGUUUUACCUGAAAUUGCUUUGCAAAACCCAUAAAUUGCCAAUGUUCAUUUCUCAGAGGUGGUCUUUCUUAAUCACUUUCGCAUAUCAACAUCCAAUAGCCGAUGAUUAAUUAAUCAAUAAUGCUCUAGUGGUGUCGUUAAACAAAACAAAUUUUCGCACAUCACUACAGUAACUGGCAGCUUUUGAUUUACUAGGCACGGAGCACUGGUUGAAAAUGGGUAAAAUCUAUAACGGGUAGAAAGGGGUGAAAGUAUGGUAUAAACACAGGUAUUUUGGAAAGUACUGCGCUAAGAGUUGAAAAUCAUUAAACAUAUAGCGUCAUUGUUUGUAUCUUCCGCUCUCCUCUAUCUCAAUGUAUAUGUUACUUUGUUAGACGAAUUUUUUAUAUUUUUUUUUCUAAUUUAUUCACAGAUCUGUUGGUGUUAUUUAUUUGUACAUAUAAAGCAGUUUACAAUCACGA